AUCUACGUUUGCUGCUGCCUGUCAUCUGUACAUACUUUGGUACCAGGACGCUGCUUAUUACUAUUGUCCAUUCCAUUGACACAAUGCCACCAACAGGAUCCAUACACAAUCCUAUUCAGGACUCCCGCCAGCCAACGGGUACUUCGGCUGGUCAAGAUACUCUGCCCUCCCAGCCCAGAACCACAGCCACACCCGCCAAUCUUGCUCCACUGACCAUCCCGACUUUGUCUCAGCCAGCUGCCAUCAAGGAGAGCCCGCAGUCGACUGCUGCCAACUCCGAAAGUGGCAACAUUGCGUCCAGUGGCAAGACUCGCCGCUUCCAGUGGCGUGACCUGCUCGACCCGGAAUUCUACCCCGAGAUCACUAUUCGACGCACCGUGUUCUUUGCUAUCUGGAUGAUUCCGCACAUCAUUCUGACUGCGUACCACGGGUCCGACAAGAGACGUCCACUGGUCAAGAGGAUGAACGUCACAUCGAUGCACUGUAUGCUGUUCGAUGUUGCCUGCAUUAUGAUCUUUAUGUCGCCCACAUUCCUGAUGCUACUGCAGCGUACCUUCUUGCCUCGGUUCAUCAAGUUCGAAAAGAACAUCCAUGCCCACAAGGUCGCCGCAUACACGAUGCUGUUUUGGUCAGCAGUGCACAUUGGCAUUUAUUACCAACGCUAUAUUGACGAGACAAGCCCUACGAUCAAGAAAGGGAAGGUGGUUCCGGGAGUUCCAUUAUAUAAGCCCCUCUUUGUUAAGAAGACUGGCUGGACCGGCCAUGUUUUGCUGUUCUGCUUCUUCUUCAUCACCAUCAUGUCUAUCAGAAUCGUCCGCAAGCGCCAGUUCGAGUUGUUCUAUUACGUGCAUCACUUGUUCCUGGUGACAUUCGUAUUCCUUUUCCUCCAUCAUGACAACCACCUCGCAUACAAGUACAUUGCUGGCCCACUCGCUUUGUAUGCCCUUGACCGCCUCUACCGCAACCUGCGCAGUGUCUUUGGCAAGUCGCCUAUUCGCGCUGUGAUCCAGCACCCAUCUGGCGUGGUCGAGAUUCAGAUGGAUAAGAAGAUCGUCGGUGUCCGCCCCGGCCAGUACGUCAAGGUCUACUGUCCCUCGGUCUCGAUGCUGCAGUGGCACCCACUGACAAUCUCCAGCGCACCUGAGGAGGAGCUUCUCACCAUCCACUUCCGCCUCGAAGGCAGCUGGACCCGCAACCUGGCCAAGCGUCUCGGCUGCAACUUUGGCGACGAUGUCCGUGGCUCUAGUGUGCAGAAUGUGGUUUCCAAGGACGACGGCGUCGAUGUAUUCAAGUUUGCAAAGGCAGAGAGACCGCGUCCCACGUCACAGCACAUCGAUAUUCCCUACCACCCACUGCACCACGAUCCUACAACUGCCCCGAUGUAUUCGAAUGCCGGCGGCAACAGUUCGUAUGUGAGCAUCGACAUGGUUGCUAAGGGUGGCAGUGCGUCUAUCCGUAAUAAUAUGGCGCUGGGUGUCGAUGACGAGAAGGAGAAUGGCCAAGUUCAGGUGGAGGACGGCAACAUGGUUAUCAAGAUGGGUCGUGAAAUGCCGUUGCUGUUCAUCGACGGUCCAUACACGGCACCUACCGAGCACUUCUUCAACUACGAGGUCGGCGUGCUCAUUGCUGCUGGUAUUGGAGUCACUCCUGCUGCAUCGGUCCUCCGUAGCGUGUACUUCCAGUGGAUCCGCGACAGAUACGCAAUGAACACGAAGAAGGUGUACCUAUUCUGGGUGUACCGCGACAUCGGCACGCUGGAGUGGUUCAAGGAUCUUCUGGUGGCUCUUGAUGAGGAAGGACUGAGCUCGAUUGUCCAGGUGCGCACGUACUUCACCGGAAAGAUCCCGGAGACACGCAUCCCGCAGCUUACGCCUCCUGACGACAAGUUCGGUCGACCAGGUCAUCAACACGUCGAUUGGCACCAAGUCCGCAUUGGCACAUUCUUCUGUGGACCUAAGCCCAUGGCACGCAAGGUCAGACGCGAGGCACACAGAUGGGAUAGCAUCCUGCACAAACAGAGCAAGACCAAGAUUGACUUCCGCAGUGAGUCAUUUGCAUAA